CCAGCGUCUGUCGUCGGGGAUGUCCUUCCUGGAGAAGCCGCCGGUCCCCGGCAGGCUGCUGCUGGACGACACGGUGCCGCUGACGGCGGUGAUCGAAGCCAGCCAGAACCUGCAGUCCCACACGGAGUACAUCAUUAAAGUCCAGAGGGGCGUGUCUUCAGACAACACCUGGCAGGUGAUUCGACGCUACAGCGACUUCGACAUCCUCAACAGCAGCUUGAUGGUGUGCGGUGUCGGUCUCCCUCUUCCUCCCAAGAAGCUGAUUGGAAACAUGGAUAGAGAGUUCAUAGCAGAGAGGCAGAAAGGACUGCAGGCCUAUCUGGACUCCAUUACCCAGCAGCCCCUCAUCUCCACGUCUCUGAUGGUCAAGAAGUUCCUCGACCCGAACACCUACUCUGCAAACUACACAGAGAUCGCCCUGCAGCAGGUCUCCAUGUUCUUCAGGUCCGACCUGAAGUGGGAGGUUCUGGAGCCGCUCAGAGACAUCGGUUGGAGGAUCAGAAAGAAAUACUUUCUAAUCAAAAACAAAGAGCAGCCUAAAGAGCGAUACGUGCUGAGCUGGGUGGACCUGGGUCCUGACAAGUUCCUCUCUGACAAAGACCUGCAGUCGGCCUUGAAGCUGCUCACGAACCUCUCCACUCCGUACCUCUGUCCGUUGGUGUUCUCCAGCACCAGCGAGUCUUCGGCUCUGCUCAUCCGACCGUUCAGUGAGAGCGGCUCCCUGAGGGACCACAUCUGUAAGGUGAAGCCCAGAGAAAAUUAUCUGAAGAAAUAUUUCAACCCAAAGAAAAGUCACGGCCUGGAGCUGGAGCAGCUCAAACUAUACGGCCGACAGAUCCUGGAGGGUCUGAAGCUCCUCCACGACAGCGGCCUGUUCUUCGGUCACCUGCACGCAUCCAACGUCAUUGUGGACGACGGCGUGUGUCGGCUGGCGGACGUGGAGAACGGCAUUCUGGGAGUUCCCUCCAUGCUGCGACCGGCCUUCACCCAGUUCAGGAAGAUCAACAGCACGGAGAGCAUCGACGUCUUCUGCUUCGGACAUUUAUUAUACGAGAUGACGUACGGCCGACCGCCGGACAGCGUCCCAGUCGAUCAGUACCCGGCUGCCCCGUGCAGCUCCGUGGUGUCGGCACUGCAGUCCAUCCUGUCCACAGAGGCCUGUAAGAGCGGGAUGCCAACGGUGUCGGCGCUCAUCCAGACACCGCUCUUCAGCGGUGUUUGUCUCAAACACUCAGAAAAACUGCAGAUCAAGGUUCCCAGCAGGUUGAAGGAGGCGCUGAAGUCGGUGAAGGGAAGUUUGGAAAAGAGGCUGCAGGAAGAACAGAGGAUGCUCCAUCAGCACCGGCGGCUGACCCGAGCCCAGUCUCACUACGGCUCGGAGGAGGAGAGGAAGAGGAGGAAGAUCCUGGCGAGGAAGAAGUCCAAACUGUCGGCCUUUGAAAACGAAGACGACGUCUCCGUCAGAAACAACAACAACUCUGGAUCUGGAGCCAGUUCCCCCCCCACCUGUCCCUCCUCCCCCACUCCUCCAUCCACCACAGGAUCGCACACAAUGCCUCCACCUCCUCCCGCUCCUCCUCCUCCUGCUGUGCUGGACUCGUCCUCCUGUCCUCCUCCUCCACCUUCGUCCUCCUCUGGUGGAGCUGGGGGAGGCCGAGCCGCCUUGCUGAGCUCCAUCCAGUCCUUCAGCAAAGGAAAGCUAAAGAAGGCCGACAUCGUUGAUCGCAGCAGCCCCGUCGUCUGACUCCGCCCUCAACGUGGAAACCGUUGCUGCGGCAACAACCCUGCCACCUCUGCACUGUGCUCCCCUCUUCCCUGACAUGUGAAAAAGAAACCCACGUUUUAUCCCCCCCCCCCCUUUCUUUUUAAACAUUUUAAUGUGUUGCUGGGGUCGAAGAGACCAGAGGACAUGUUGGAGACGUCUCCGUCCGUCUGCGCCUCCACUCUCCAGACAGUCUUUGGUACCGGAGGGUCCUCGUGUCCCAGCAGCAGACCGGAGAGUCAGAGUGAAGCUGUGGACCUCCUGCUUCAUCUCUGAUGGAUGUUCAAAGCAGGAGCUGGACUCCAGGGGCAGGGUGGGUUCAGGACUCUGCUGGAUGUUGGACCCAAUCCUGGAUCCAGAACUCUAGUAGGCCUUCAUGACUCUAAUCCUCCUAAAGGUCAGGUUUGCUUUACGACAAGUAGGUGUGCAGAAAUAAUCUGAGCUUAAACAGUUUCAGUUCCGUGAGACGAGAAAUCUGCAGAAAACCUGAGUCGGCUUUUAAAAGAUGCAGAAUUCUUCUGCCGUGUUUUAAGGAACCCGACUUGAAUUAACGCGUCGGGAGCACAAACCUGAGUGGAGCUCAACUCGCACUCUGCUUUCAGUCGUCUCAUCCCGUGUGCCCAAUUUAACGUUCGUGAACAUAAAGUCUGUAAAUAUUCAUCUUUCUUCAAACGAGUCUGAGCAAAAAGUUGGCCUCGACCAUCGGCACAUGAGCGGGAACCUUCACGAAGAUCUCAAUAAAUCCAUAAACGCCCCGAAUUAGAAGUUUAAACUAAAAAUAAAAUUUAAAGAAAUCACUUAAAAUAUGCAAAAACCUAAAAUAAAAGUUUACUUAGUUUCUAAUCUACGGUUUAAGGCCC